AUGGAUGACGAGCCGGAGGAUUAUAUUGCAAAUGAAAGAGAGGACGAGCAGGAGGAAAAGGAAAAGCCCGAAUAUAUACCGGAGGAAACGAUAGAUUGGGAGAAGGAGGCAAAGAGGACGGUGCACCUUGACAUCGAAACCAGAGAGAGACGGAAAACUAUAUACGAGCUCGAUUCGCACAUGUCCUUUGGCCCGUCGAAGGAGGACAUCUUGAAACUUAGCACGACGGAUUUCGAGCCCGAGCCACGGAAACGUAUUCAAUAUUCCAUUUCGAUGGGGGUGCCAGGCAUAGCAAGACUGAAUCUAACAUCCCUGACGCAAAAGGUGGUCGGUUGCGUGAUUGGUGAGAACGUCAGCACCGAGUACCCUUGGGUAUACGUGAGAAAGGAAAUUAUCGAGGACAACAUAGACCUUCACGAGGAGAGCAGCGACUUUUUGCCCGUGAAGGACGAGAUACGACGGUUCCCAAACACGAAGAUACUCAUUGGCUACGUGCCGUCGCUGACCCAAGAAGGCCAGUUCUACGUUUGCUUGACCGAGGAGGGUCGCGACGCUGUCCUGGAGCAUAUCCAGAAACUAAGGGAGGAACACGAGAAUCGCGUCAGAACCGCGGUGUACAAACCACUGGGGGAGUGGCAAGACCUGGGUAGCCAGGGUGAGAUCGUAACGAUCAUCGUUUCCAAUACGAGGCCGCUUUUGGAAAUCGAGCUGGUAUCUACCGCGGACCUGCUCAACGCGCCGGUGAACCUGAUAGACAGGAACGUCGAUGAUCAAAUAGACGGAUACAUCGAACUCCUUCCUUACCGCGAAACGUAUGAAAAUAUAUCGCGAAAGCUGAUGUACAAAGCGACGCAAGUGACGCCAAUGACGAGAGACAUUAAGGUCCAAACUACGCUAUCGAUGACUACGAAUUCUUGGAACCAGUACGGAUACGAGUACAAGUCCCCGGAUAUUCUUGCCUUCAACGAAGAACAAAGGGAAUCGUUCAAGCGUUUUCUUCGACGUUUUACCAACGAAGUGUGCGACGAAAUAUUGAUAAACGCCACUUGGGACAUUUACACAAACGAUUAUUGGAAUUUAGUCAGGGACGUAAGAGACACACAAUGGACCAUUCCAGCAGCCUACAAAGAACACUUGAGCUUUCACGAUAGCGAGCACAUCAGCGAAAAAGUCAUCAACGAUCUGUGUUGGCACUCGCUAUGGACCGGAAUUCUAUUCGCUGCUUACACACGGUACUCAAAGUGCCAUCGUCUUUUGGGACCAAAACCACACGACGAGGUAAUGAAAGCGUACAAAGACAAUUACGUACUGGUAUGGUCAUUCACCGACAGUUUAGCCCCCAAACUGAUCCUCGAGUGUUCAAGGGAGGUCACAACAGUAGCCGUGAAUCCACUCGAUCCAACUUUGAUCGUCGGUGGUUGCGCGAACGGCCAGGUUGUAAUUUGGCAUAUUCCCGGGAAAAUUGAACAAAUAGAGACCGUUAUUGUAAGCACCCCGAAUCAAAAAAGGUACAAGAUCGCUAUCAAGAAUUUGAGCACGUGGUUGCGAGAAGUAGUCGGAACAUCUACUGUCAGAACUACUGCAAUGUCGUCGCUAAAAGACAGCCAAAAGGCAUCGAUAACGCAAAUAUCGUGGAUCUCGCCGUACGAUAAAAUCGACGAGAAUGGUAGGAUAACGUCGUUACCGGAGAACACGAACGUAGAUGACUUAACUAGCCAAUUUGUCACUUCGAGCCAGGAUGGUACGAUCGCAUUCUGGGACCUGAAGCUGCAGAAAUUUCUGUACGAAAGCCGUCAUAUCGCGAAGAAAGAAAGGGCGAGCAAACGGCCUGAAAUGUUGAAGUCGGUCUCGCCGUUCAAACACCUCGACCGCAUCUUCAGGCCGCAUUACGUUCUCGUUGUUCAACAUCCGAACAUAAGUCGGAAACAGGUGAUCACCGCGAUCAGCGUCUACGUGCCGACGUUCAAAAAGGAACGCGUCGACGUUUCUCCACCUACAAAAGACGUAACUGUUAGAAGAGUUUACAAAAAUAUAAUUAAAAAACCGAAUUUUGUAACAGAAGCGAGGAUACUUGUUGGCACAGUCGAAGGUGAUUUUGGAUGCAUCACGUGGGAAGGAUACGAGUUUACCACCGAUAUGGUUAUUAACAGCGAAACGUGCCACUGGUCCUGGUACAAGAAAGUACACGAUGGGCCAAUAACUCACGCCAUUAGGUCCAGGAACGACAAGAAUAUCGUUGCUACGGUGGGCGGGAAAUUGUUUUGCAUUUGGAGGGACGACUUUAGCACACCGCUGAUGUCUAGGAAAUCAAACGUCGGGUACACGGCGUUUUCUUGGGGUAGCUUUCGUCCCACGGUCGUGAUCUUGGCACGUAUGGACGGAAGUAUCGAAAUUUGGGACUUCAUGAUCAAGAGCGAAGAGCCGUGUGUCGUUCAAAGUUUAUCCGGACGCCUAAUCACGGGGGUUCACACCCAUCAAUUGUACCUGGAACCUCAGUGUAUAGGGUUCUGCGACUUCAAUGGCACUUUAAGAGUAUUCCUGGUCCCGGUGAUUUUUCUCAAACACGACCGAAUCAACGAAAAAUGGAUGAACAAUUUCAUAGAGCGACAAUACCAAAGGAUAAAGAAAUGUCAGAACUGGCAAAAAGCAUGGGCGAAGACGCAUCGGGAUGAUAUCGAGAAGACGCAAAUGCUGGUGCAGCACAUAGCAAAGAAGAAGCAAUUGGAAGAGGAGAGGGCCAUAGCUACGAGAAGAAUGACGGAAGUUGCUGACACGAUAUCCGUUAAAAAACCCCCGAAACCAUGGGAGAUCAUCGAAGCAGCGCGCGAAAGGUGGCAGGAAAUGGAACUGAAGCGGAUGCAACAGGUGAUUCUGGAAAAGAAAGGGCUGAAGAAGGACGACCUGGAGAGGCAACGCGAGCCGAUAUUGAAAAUGCGACGGGAAGCGAUCAAGAAGAAGGAGAUGCUCGAGGAGACGUUGGACAUGCAGGAAGAAAUUUUUCAGCACAACGUGAACCUGUUUUUCCCUAAACGACAAACGGAAGCGAAACGAGUAUCGCUGAGCACUGCCAUACAGCUUGAUGCCAAAAAAACGAAAAAGGACACGUUGGCGGAAACGUUGCUUCAGCAGGAAGUGCUGCAGGAUGUGGUAAUCGUCGAUCCGGACGAAGAGAUUGUUAAGAAGUACAUGGAAACAGAAACGGAAGCAUUGGCUUAUUUGCAAAAGAAUCCAUUCGUGCACACGUUCGAUUGGAGAACAGUGCUCGAAGAAGGCAAAUCGAGACGGCUCUCGAUGGACUACAAGUUAAAAAAUAUUUAUUAAAUC